GAACAAGCGAAACCAGAUCCAGACUUUCCGACUGUUCCGUUCCCGAAUCCGGAAGAAGGUCGACCGGUGCUGAAGUUGUCAAUCGAGACCGCCGAGAGGAAUGGUGCAACGGUGAUACUGGCCAACGAUCCGGAUGCGGAUCGAUUCCAGUUGGCUGAAAAGCAAGCGGAGUAUGUGUUCCAAUUCCUCAUGACUGAUUCUUCGUUUAUUAUUUGUUCACCAUUUUUGUGA